AUGACUGUCGCUGAGUCGGUGAAGAGUGCCGUUGGGCUUGGAGAUAGCCAGGCUGCCUCCCGAGAGGAAAUGUCUGCUGCUCGCCUUCCUCUGCAGUACCGCGAUUCUUGUGCACAUCUCCUGAUCCCAUUGAACCGAUGCCGACAGCAGGAGUACUACCUUCCUUGGAAGUGCGAGAACGAAAGACACACCUACGAAAAGUGCCAAUAUGAUGAAUUUAAGAAGCGUGUUGCGAAGAUGGAUGAGCUCCGGGCUGCCCAGGGCGGUGCGCGGAGCAAUUGA